UCCUCGUCGUCUGCAGAGUCUCUCCCGUCGGACUCUCCUCAAAUUUUUUUCCCUCCGGGAUGCAAGGUACUUCCCGCCCUCCUUUUUUGCUGUUGCUGUUAAUCUAUCUUCUCUCUUCAGUAUUCCCGACCACUUGCAUUUAGAUUGUCUUCUCUCUUCAGAGUGUAUCCCAAUCCCAACUACUUAACUUUGUUGCUGGACGACUUGAAAUUGAAGGUAUAUAGUCAAGAGCUGGUGGGUACAGUAUAUGCAUGGUCAAAAUUAGCGAGAAAAAGAAAAACACGUAGAUGAAGCGAUCGUCAAUACUCGAUAAUUACUUCGUUUGGUGAGUUUGCUGAUGCAAAAGGUCUUUUAACUUUUUGUAAUUCUGGGACCAACUUAAUGCAACAGCAGCAACCAAGCAAUGCAGCAUAUUGCAUACACAGCGGCGACCGAGCUGAGAGUUCUUUUUUGGAAUAUAAAUGGUAAUUUUUUUAUCAUCAAAACGCGCGUGUGUCCCGAAUCCGUGUCUAUAUGUGGCAAAUAGAUUGGUAGAUUGAAUUGGUUGAUCAAAUGGAUUCAGGGGCGGAGCUACAGCUGCUCUUGUUCUGAGGUUACGUAUAAGCUCGACGGUGUUUAGAAAAAUUUCGUAUGAACUAAAAUGGACUUAUAAAUAUAUUAUUGUUUUGUUGUAUAAUAUAUGAAAAUUCACUUAGUCUAGCGGACGGAAUGCUCAAGUGUUGAAGCAUUUCUUUUAUUUUUUUUCACCAGUUUUGAUGGGUUUUUUUUACGAUAUCCAGUUUUGAUGUUGUUGAACCAUUAAGUUCUUCUGCUUACAAAAAUUCAAGAAUACUUUUGGAUAGUUGAUGAGUAAUUUUUUCUCCAAAUAUUUAUAUAAGUACACACUCAAUUUUCAAUUCCAAAAAUAUGAUGGAUUAUACAAUAUUGCAAUGCAUUCUAAAUCUGUUUAUUUUAUUUUAACUUUAUAUCAAACUUUAAGUGAUAAUAUGACAUGGUCGUCAUUAAUUUUACAAUUUGAAAAUAGGAUCAUUGAAAUUCAUUAUUGUAUUGUUAUUAAUAUUAAUAACAACGAAAAAAUUCAUGAUUAAUUAAUUUAUUUAUUUUGAAUUUAUAUUGAACCCACCAUACUACAAAUUUUUAGUUUAGAUCUUAUGUUGAGUGUUUUAACAUCUUAAAAAGUGCAGUUAUCAUAAUAUUAGAAAUAAUUUACCUUUUUAUAUUUUGAUUAAUUUUAUUGCCUUUAUGCCCUAACAUAAUAAGAAUUUUCGGCCCCCCCCGAACGCCAAAUUCUGGCUCCGCCUCUGAAUGGAUUGAUGAAUUGAGUCAUGGAUUCAAGUGACAUCCAAAUAUUGGACGAAUAUAAAAAUUUUGAAAAGUUCAAAUGCUAGCUAAAAUAUUAAAAUAAAAAAAAAAGGUACGAACUUGUAAAAUAUAAAUAUAUAUAAGUACUAAAUUAUAAUUUGCCAGCAAUCCAUAAAUCCAACAAUCAAAUAGAUUUGGAUAAAAUAGAUUGAAUUCGUUAGAUAUUUAAGUGGAUGGAUUGUUUUAGAUACAAAUUUGUCACCACUCUGUGUUACUCUUUUAUAUCUGCUGACUCUUUGAUUCGUCAUUCAAAGUUGAUGUUGCAGCACCAUAGUUUUUGUUCUCCAUUUGAACACCAUUGUGGGUUCUUUUGUUCCUGACUAGUUUGGCUUGAGAUAUUUAAUUUGUUCGUUCUUCUGCAGCAGCUAAGAUGAAGGGAGGUGGUUCCAAAGUGAAGGUGAAGGGUCGAGAUUUAACUUUCAUCUUAAUCGUGCUUGUAUGCACAACCAUCAUUAUGCUGUCAUGGGAGAGAACCCCAGUGCUUCUUUCCGCCUCACUUCUUCCUGCCAAAGAUCUCUUCUUGUCUUUCCUACCAAGCAUCCAGUUUGCAGAGAUAUCGCCAAACUUAACUGAUAUGGAGAAGAAAGAUAAAGUCGUCUUCACAGAAGCAGCAGGCGAAGAAGAUCAAACUGCAGAAAAGGCUCCAAGUUUGAGAGAAGCUGCACAAGGAGAUCCUAAUCACAGUUUGAAUAUGACAUCACAAGGAGCUGUUGACCAGAAUACAUCGGUAGUAGGAGAUAAACAAGUUUGUAACUAUGGAAAAGGGAAGUGGGUGAGAGAUGACAACGUGACUUUAUAUUCUGGAUUUGAUUGCAAGCAAUGGCUAGCACCAGGAUGGGCCUGUCGGACGAUGCCACGGACUGAUUUUUCUUAUGAGAUGCUCAGAUGGCAACCAAAAGAUUGUCAGUUGCAGCGGUUCAACGGCGAUGAGUUCUUGAAAAGGAUGCAGGGCAAGACCAUAGCUUUCGUUGGAGAUUCAUUAGGCGGCGAGCAGUUCCAGUCACUAAUGUGUAUGAUCACCGGAGGGUCGGAAAGCAACGACGUCCUCGACGUCGGAGCUGAGUACGGAUUCACCAUCCCUGAACACGGCCGUGUUGUCAGAAAUGAAAACGGCCGUCCUGACGGGUGGGCGUACAGGUUCACCACCACAAACACCACCGUCCUGCAUCACUGGUCAGCUUGCCUCUGCGACCUGGAACCGAUCGUCACCGAGGAUCCAAACAAGCGACACCACUACUACGCAAUGCACCUCGAUCGACCGCCAUCGUUCCUGCGCGAAAACCUGCACCGCAUUCACGUCCUGGUGAUGAACACGGCCUACCACUGGACCCGGCAGAAGCUGAUUCGGAACCGGUGGGUGAUGCACGUUGGUGGCAUCAGGAAGACCAACGAGACGCUGAGAACACUCGGGGAGGCCAAGAACUUCACGAUUCACAGCGUUGUUGGUUGGGUGAACAGCCAGCUGCAGGAGAAUCCGCAGUUGCAGGCUUUCUACCGGAGCAUUUCUCCCAGGCACUUCUCCGGUGGGGAUUGGAACACUGGCGGUUCUUGUGACAACACCACACCGAGGUACGUAGGAAAGGAGGUAGUGGAAGCAGUGUCAAGCGACCACGUCUCGAGGAGUGCGGUGCAGGGAACAGGGGUGAAGCUUUUGGAUAUAACGUCUCUGUCCAGUGUUAGGGAUGAGGGUCAUAUAUCGAGGUACAGCCUGACGGCGAAACCAGGUGUGCAGGAUUGCUUGCAUUGGUGCCUGCCUGGCGUUCCUGACACAUGGAACGAAAUCCUUGUUGCACAAAUCAAAUAAAACGGCUACUUGUGUAAGUUAGUUCCUCAGAUUCAUACAGUUAGUUAGUUGCUUUGGGGAAGAAGAAGAAGAAGAACCGAUCCAAGCUCUUUUCGAGGCUGUGAGGAGAAGGUUUGGUUUGUGAAUCAAAGGGGGUGACUUGGUAGUUAGGAUUUUGAUGCAUUUAAUCAACUUAUGUAUGUAAUACUAAUUAGAUGUAUUGUGUAGACGUAUGAAUUUGAAAAAAACAUAUUGUUUGUCUAUCUACAGAUUCACUGUGAAAUGACCCAAUUAUCCCUCAUUUACUUCUACACACUCCUAAUUUUAGUUUUAAUGAUUUUAUGUAUCAAAUCAAUUAAUUAAAAAAACUAUACUCCACGUGACAUUCCGACUUCACCCUUAAUCAGUUUCCCCACGAUGAUCAGUUCUCUCUACUCCAGCCGCUGACGAGGAGAUGUGGGGACCAACCAACGUCGACCCCGCUACCAAACUAUAGCGAGCAUAAAAAUCUCUAUCAGCCGAACCAAAUAUCUAUCUUUAAAGGGGGGGGUUCACUUAUAUGUUCUUAGGGUAAAUUGCAAGUUUGGUCACUGGGUUUACCAAAAAGGUUCAUGUUUGGUCACUAAAAAUAUUUAACUCAAUUCAUGGUCACUAAAAUUAGUUCAAUAAUCCGAAUUUGGUCACUCUCCGUCCAACUCCGUUAACUUUAGCUGAUGUGGCGGUCAAAUCUCAUAAUUGACCGUUAAUAAGUGAUGUGGCAAUUAAAAAUUAAUAAAAUUGAAUAUUUUAA